UGGACCUCUGCAAGGAUGACCAUAAAAAGACACGUAAAGACAAAAUACCACCUUUCAAACAGAGAGUGCAACAGACAAAUUCUUCCAGAAGCUCCAGAAUCCUCUCAGAGAUUUCAGAACAGCAGCCUUCAUCUUUCAUUCCACACGGAGGAGACAUCAGGAAGAUCUGCUGCUUCAAGAUAAAAUUCACCCUUAAUAGAUCAUAAAGGACCAAUAUUCUCUGAAAAGCAAAGAGCCACAUAAACACUGCUUCUGUGUGCGUUUCAGCCCAGAGUCAAAGCUGGGUUUGUAAAGAAAUUCUUAUAGAGUCAUCAAAGCUGUUAGACCAAACCAUGGGAUCAAAGUUUUCAUUGAAUUAGGAGACGGGUUUUGAUGUUAAAUCCUGUUUAUUAGGACUUGAUGGUUUUACCCCUUUAGGACAGAGUAUGUCAUCGACAACAUUUCACAAAAUCCUAAGACCCCUUCUGUUCACUACCUUUAUUCUGGGAUGCUUUGUGACUGUGUUUUUGAUGUAUUUUAAGCCAUCGACCAGUUGGUUAUAUGGCCCAGUUGAGUCAACUGUUUCCACCGACCGGGUCAAGAACCUCUUCUCCACCAAGAGCGAUAAAAAUGUAACCACUGUGCUGAUCUGGCUUUGGCCCUUCGGACAAACGUAUGACCUGAGUGUCUGCAGCUCUCUCUUCAACAUCGAAGGCUGCUUCAUCACAGCAGACAGAAACCUCUACAACAAAUCCGACGGGGUCAUCAUCCAUCACCGAGACAUCUCCAGUGACCUGUCCAACCUGCCGCCACUCCAGCGGCCGUCGUUUCAGAAGUGGGUAUGGAUGAAUCUGGAGUCCCCCUCGCAUUCGUCGCAGCUACCUGGGAUUGAGAACUUGUUCAAUCUGACUCUCAAUUACCGUCAGGAUUCCAACAUCGAAGUGCCUUAUGGAUCAAUCGUAGCAGCAGAGACAGAGGAGGACUUUGUGCCACCCAGCAAAAACAAGUUGAUCUGCUGGAUUGUGAGCAACUGGAACCAGGAUCAUGUCCGGGUGAAAUACUACAAUGAGUUGUACAAACACAUUGAAGUUCAUGCAUAUGGACAAGCUUUUGGGGAGUACAUCUCUGACCAAGAAUACUUCCCCACCAUGGCCAGUUGUAAAUUUUACUUAGCCUUUGAGAACUCAAUCCACAAAGACUAUAUUACUGAGAAACUGUACAACCCACUCUCUGUGGGCACAGUGCCAGUGGUUCUUGGUCCACCUCGGCAGAACUAUGAGAACUUCAUUCCAGGAGAUGCCUUCAUCCACGUAGAUGACUUCACUUCACCCAAGGACCUGGCUGAGUACCUUCUACUUCUAGACAAGAAUGAGGUAAUGUACCUCAGGUAUUUUGAGUGGCGACGGCACUUUAAAGUAAAGAAAGCUUACUUCUGGGCAGAGCACACCUGCCUGGCGUGUGAUUACUUGAGAAGGCACAAAGAGUACAAGGCCUUUUAUAGCCUUGAUAAGUGGUACUGGGGCGAGUAGAGCCUCAAAGGGCUUCAUUGCUCAUGUUUUCUGAAGUGGUACAAAGCAUGGAUUAAAAAAAAUAUAUUAUUUUAGAAGAAGACUGCUAUAUUGAUAAAAGAUAUAUGUGUAAAAAAUAAGAGAAGCAUUAUGAAAAAUAAAAAAAAUCCCAUCUGUGCUAGUAAUGCGAUCACCUAUGCAUUGCACUAAACUCUAAUGUGAAGGUAAAUUGUGUCAUGUACAUAUUUUUACAAUUCCGUAGCUAUUUUUCUUAUUUUUCUGUGGGGAGGGAUGCGUUUGCACCACUUAACCAGUCUCUACGGAUCAUUUAGAUACUGUAUAUAAAAAUUUAAAUGGUUAAUCACUUCAUGCAGAACAUACCGGGCAGCCAUUAUCUCAAAUUCUUUCUUGUAAGAUGCAGGUCACUCUUUAGUCAUGUUGGAAAAUGUUUAUUAUUACAGUUGCAUAACACUUAUCUCCCAUGUGGACUAUCAAACCAAAUAGUUCUAUCUACACUGGUAUUAUGCACAUCUCAUUAAAAAAAAGUUGAAACCUGCUUCAAUGAGCACAACUCUUAUGUGUAACUUCUACAACGAUGUGCUGUCACUUCAUAAAACCUCGUUUUUUUUUACAUAAAUAGAUAUAUUUUUAUUUAAAAUUUGGUGAAAAUGAGUCUUGAUUAGCUGGAAAAACUUUCAUAAAAAAGAAAAACAAAGGGAAUUUAUUGUGUUACUGUCAAUAUUUUAUGUGUGAUUUGUCUCAGAGUCAAUAGUUACAAGUAAAAGUUGUAUAGUUUUCUGGACUGAUUCUUUUCUCGAUUGUUUACAGAACAAAAACAGUACACUGGAAUAUUUUUUCUUUGAAAGUGAGGCUUUGUUCAGUUAUUGUGAUUUUUAUUUUUCUAAGCGAUUUAGGGCAUCCAAGAGUCUGAAAUAUUUUGGAAUAUCUCAUUGGUUUUAUUUACUUAUCAUUUUUGUCUUUUUUUUUAUUAUUUUUGGGCAGGUGAAUACUGUUACUAUUUUCGCUUAGGCUUUUUCACCUCCAUGACACAGCAGGAGCUGCCUACAAUUAAGCUACGAUCACACCGAACGUGAUUUGUGCGUAAAAAUAGUGCGGGCAAAGUCACUGCUCGACACAUGUGCAAAAUUGUGUUCAUAAGCUUGAGACCCCAGAUGCUUGUGGGAGGAGCUAGGCUGGUUACCUUUCCAAGGAGCAUCCCACCUUUGCCGAACCUUAGCUGGGAUGGGCUCUGACAACCCCAUGGCUCCGGAAGGGAAACAGCGGGUUAAAAAAUGGAUGGAUGGAUGUGAAUCAAAGUAUGGAUGGAUGUGAAUCAAUGGAUGAAUGGAUGGAUGGAUGUG